AUGUCUGACAGAGAAGCAUUGAAAAUCCUCACCCGGCAACCGGUGAAUACUGAUAUGAUCAAUUUUCUUGUUUCUACCACAAACUCCAUCAUCCAGGUGAAACCCCCACAGAGAUCUCCCCGGCUCAACUGUUUGCACACGGGGGAUAUGAUGAUCAGUCCCGUGGGUCAUAAAACCAUUAGUUUGGCAAGUUUUAUCAAAAACUUGAUCAAGUACUCCAACGUACAAACCCCAACUUUGAUGGCCACCUUAAUAUACCUCAACAAGUUGAGAAACUUGUUGCCAGCCAACGCCAUUGGCAUGGAAACCACACGCCACAGAAUCUUUUUGAGUUCGUUGAUUUUAAGUGCCAAAUGCUUGAAUGAUUCCUCUCCUUUGAACAAGCAUUGGACUAAGUACACUGACGGUUUGUUGACUCUCGAUGAGGUCAACAUGGCUGAGCGGGAGUUGAUUUCGCUUUUGCAGUGGAAGGUCAAUGUGUACGAAGAAGAUUUAAUUGUGGCCUUGCAACCAUUUUUGAUUCCUAUCAAGAACCAAUUGUGGAAGAAGUUGUCGGCUGAACAGAACCAGAAGAUGAGCUACUACCGGUUAUCCAACGUCAACUUGGCCAAGCCUUACUCCAAAUCACGGUCAUCGAGCUCAUCUUCCAUCAGCUCUUUUAGUUCUGUAAGCUCUCCCAGCUUGACCAUCUCGUCCAGCACCUCGUCAUUGGACUCGAUAGGUUCUGCCAGCUCGUACUCCAAGAGCCCAUCCACCUACCUCGAGUCCUCGAGGCCCUUACAGCCCCGGUCGGUUAAUAGCAUGAACCGGGCUUAUCAUUCCAAGACGUACGACUCUUACCAGGACAUCAAUUUGAUGCAUUCGGGAAGGGUUAUUGCGUAG